AUGGAUCAAUUUUCGAAUUCUGAAAAUCUGGAGAAUGAAAAUAAAUGGAUUUGUCCGCAAUGUUCCCUGCACCAAGAGAGCAAUAUGGAAACAAGGAUUACGAGGAAUAGCGAAAUUUUAAUCUUGCACCUGAAAAGGUUUGCAAGAGAUGGAGAACAUCUGGUUAACGACAAUAAAUUUGUUGAAAGUUUUUCCUCUUCUAAUCCUUAUCUAAAUAUCCCGAUAUCUAGUGACUCGGACACAUCUUUUACUCAAAAGUAUGCUUUGGUAGCUGUGAUAAAUCACUCUGGAAUAUUGAAUGCAGGCCACUAUUGGGCCCAUAUCAAAGAUCGGAGCACAAACUCUUGGUCCCUCUGCAAUGAUAAGGCAAUAAGCAAAGUUGAUCCAAGAACGCUCAACAGCACUACAUUAUAUGGUCAUGGGGAAGGAAAAUGUAAAUCCAACCGGUUUUGUAUUACCCCAGCUGGUUCAUACAAGCCAGUUUACCGUUAA